AUGUCGGAAAUCGAUGUCCAAGAGCAGCUGCUCGAUCGCCGCCUCCAGCUUACCGAAGGCCUCAUCAGUCUCCCCUACGACCUCGUCUUGUACAUAGAACGUGCCAUUGUGUACGGCGACCUUGGCUAUCCUGAUCUCGCCGCUGGCGAUGCCUACCGGGCGCUACUGCUGACCGAUGAAGUCCUCACUGACGGCUUCGAGUUCCAUGAGCAGGCUUUGGCAGCUCUCCGCAUGCGCCUGCCGCCCCCCCUACCCGAUGUUCUCUUAUAUGGCAAGCUUGCUGACGAGUGGUCCCCUCCUCGCGGCGUCGAGGACCAGGACAACGAGGAAACCGUGCAUGCGCUGGCUCGCCUGUGCUCAAUCCGCGCCUACCAGAUUUUAUCUAUAAGUCUCCUCCUCUGCGGCUGCCUCAAGUCAGCCUUGACAUUUUGCGAGCGCGGCUUAGCCGUCAGUCCGGGCAACCAGGAGCUCCUCAACACCAAAGCAAGCAUUGAGACGGUCGCCUGUCGACGGCUGCGCCGCGAAAAGUUCGACGUCAACGACCUUCCUGACUCCGGAUUGGUGCGCCGUGAGGUAUACCCGUGGAAUGAUCACGAGCCGGACCGUUUCGAUCCGGCGUCCCUCGAUGCCCUCAACGCCGACCUCAAGAAGAUGGCCCCCAAGUGCGCCGUCAAGGUUGCCACGCUACCCGUUCUGCUCGAGACGGCAAGUAGCAGCACCGACUCACUUGACAUCAUCCCCACGUGUCAGCAGCUAGGCGUCUUUGCCCAGGAAGACAUUGAGCCCGGCGAGGCGGUUCUCCACGAGUACACCCUGCUCACGGCCAACAACCGGCUGAAAGACUCUGUCUGCGAUGCCUGCAGCUGCGACUUGCCACCUAUUGGAAGCGAGCAGUCGCCAGUGCAGUGCGAUGAGUGCUACGACACCGUCUUCUGCAGCCAGUACUGCCACGAUGAAGCUCAGGCACGAUACCACCCCGCGGUCUGCGAAAAGGACGUCGACGCCAUCGCCAAGGACGCUGACAAACACGAGGCCGACGACACACUCUACCUGCUUCUGCUCGCACGCGUCCUUGCCAUCGCCGCGCACCAGGAAACACACCCCCUUGAUGUCCGCGAGGUGCGUUUUAUCUGGGGAGACUUCGUCCCGAGCCGCACCAACGACAUUGACGUGUCGCCGUCGGCUGGCCCGCCGCCCGCGUGGACGCUACCAUUUUCGUUCAAGUACAACAUCGAGACGCCACUGCACCUGCUUGAGAAGAUGGAUAUUGACGCCUACGCCUCGCUUGCCGAAUAUGACCUAUGGAUCCUUAAUACCCUGUACGCCAAGUUCCGCGGCACAGCUUCAGCACGCAAGAGCCCCCGCGACGGCCGCCCCGAUGUUGCCGCUGUCCACCCCUACUGGUGCCUUGCCAACCACGACUGCGACCCCAACGUCACUUGGGAUUGGGGUGGCCGUAUGGUCCUACGCGCAACGACGCAACGAAAGGUUGCCGGACGCCCUGGCGGUAUCCGUGCUGGUGACGAGAUCCUUAACCACUACUGCGACAUUGACUUACCUGUCCAAGAGCGCCGUGAGUGGGCGCGAGGCAGCCUCGGCGGCUGGUGCAUGUGCCAGCGCUGCCGCACCGAAGCUGCCGACAAAGGGGAAGACGGCGGCGAGGGUAGACAGGACGAGGUUUUUAAUGGUGACUCGUGA